AUGUUGGGGUUAAAGCAUUUAAGUGCCAUUAGACAUAUCACAAAAAUUUUGACGACAAGGAGUUACUCGGCAGUUCCUCCAUUGACCAAACUGACUGACGAUGAGUUAUUGAUGAAAGAAGCAUUUGCCAAAUUUGCUCAAGAAAAGAUUGCGCCAAAAGUACGUCAAAUGGAAGAGACGAAGACACAAGAUCCAGAAAUAAUUAAAGGACUUUUUGAGAAUGGAUUUAUGGGAAUUGAAAUUGAUGAGGAAUAUGGAGGAACUGGAUCGAAUUUUAUGACGACUAUUUUGGCUGUUGAAGAGCUAUCCAAGGUUGAUUCGAAUAUCUCUAUUUUAGUGGACAUCCACAACUCGCUAACCAAUCCAUUAAUAAAAAGACUUGGAACUGCUGAACAGAAGCAGAAGUAUCUUCCAAAAUUAGCAACUGAAUCGGUAUCAAGCUUCGCAUUAUCAGAGGCAGGUUCAGGAUCUGAUGCUUUUGCCAUGAAAACAACAGCCAAGAAAGAAGGAUCAAAUUACAUCCUUAAUGGAACGAAAAUGUGGAUCAGUAAUUCAGAUAUUGCAGACAUUUUCAUACUCAUGGCUAAUGCUGAUCCAUCAAAAGGACAUAGAGGAAUUACAACAUUUAUUCUUGAAAAAGGAAUGGAAGGACUGUCAAUUGGCAAGAAGGAAAACAAAUUAGGUCUUGUUGCCAGUGGAACGUGCAUGGUUCAUUUAGAUAACGUUAAAGUACCAGAAGAGAAUGUUUUAGGUGAAGUCGGCAAAGGAUAUCAAUAUGCUGCUGGAUUUUUGAAUGAAGGAAGAAUUGGAAUCGGUGCCCAAAUGGUUGGAUUAUCACAAGGCUGUUUCGAUGCAACAAUUCCUUAUUUAUUAGAAAGAAAGCAAUUUGGAAAGGAAAUUUACAGUUUUCAAGGUCUUCAAUAUCAAGUCGCAGAAAUAGCAACGCUGAUUGAAGCAGCAAGAUUAAUGGUUUACAACGCAGCACGUCUACAAGAAAAUGGACUUCCAUUUUUAAAGGAGGCAGCUAUGUGUAAAUUAUUUACUUCACAGGUUGCUCAAAAAGUCACAAUAGCUUGCAUUGACUGGAUGGGCGGUGUUGGAUUUACAAAAGAUUUUCCACACGAAAAAUUCUACCGUGAUGUUAAAGCUGGAACAAUUUAUGAAGGCACGUCAAAUAUUCAAAUGACGACAAUCGCAAAACUUAUAGGAAGACAAUAUGCUUCAUAA